GGCUGUUCCCGGCAGCCAGCAAAAAGCAGCUGUUUAUCCGUUGUAGUUCCAGUUUGCCUCAGUCACAGCUGUCAGUCUGUGAUCCAAAUAAAAAUUAAGACACAGGGAAGUUUUUCCUCAGCAACAUUUGUACAAGUUGCGAAAUUGCGACCCGCUUACUACUCAGCCUCAGGACGCAGAGUUACUUGGGCAGGCAUAGAGUCUGAAGAAGCUUUGGUUGGAGAUCUGUCUUUAAAAGCUAAUUCUGAUUCAUCAUAGAAAGCAUCCUAAGCAGAGGCAUCACAGCUUGGUAUGGACAAGAUAACAAUGGUAUGGUGCAGUCGUCAACUUAACGAAGAGGUGUUGAAUCACAGCUGAGCAUCCUCCAGAGAGGGCAAACAGAACCUAAGAACUUAAACCAAAGGCCCAGCUGAAACAAACAAUGGACUCCACAGUAAAACCAAGACUGCAUGAUCAUUUGUGAUUUGAUUACUGUGCUUGUGAGACAGCAAAUGUGUUCUGGUUACAGUACAUUUUCAGGUUGGCUUAAUUUUAAUGAAUUUUGUUGAGCCGAAAUAUUCAAAGUGGAGCAAUCAACGGAAGCAACUCCCACUCCGAGCAAGUUAAAUGGAGUGACGAAAAAUGUGGGCUCGGACCAGAAUUCUGAUCCAGUUAUUGGGAAGGCAGAAGAUUGCAAUCCCAAGAGUGACUGCAUGACCUCGGAAAUGAAAGAUCUGCCUGCGCAGACAGAUCAACCACUACCACCUCUCACUGAGCGGAAGAAUGUUCUCCAGCUCCGUCUCCAGCAGCGGCGAACUCGCGAGCAGCUAGCAGACCAAGGCAUCAUGCCACCUCUAAAGAGUCCAGCUGCAUACCACGACCAAAGAAAGAGUCUGGAACGAGCCAAGACAGAAGAUUACUUGAAACACAAGAUUAGAAGUCGACCUGAGAAAACAGAUCUGGUUAAUAUGCAUAUCCUACAAGAUACACCUGCGGAGGGUAAACUUCAAGCAACUCAGAUGAAGCUCAAGCGGGCAAGGCUGGCCGAUGAUCUCAAUGAGAAGAUAGCCCAAAGACCUGGACCUCUGGAACUGGUGAAGAAGAAUAUAAUUCCAGUGGACUCAGCAGUGAAAGAGGCAAUCAAUGUUGGCCAAGUUAAUUUCCCGAAGGCCCCUGAUGCAUUUUCCUUUGAAGAAGACAGCAGCAAUGACGCUCUGUCUCCAGAACAACCCGGAAGUCAGGAAUCCCAGGGAUCAGAGAGUAUGCCUUCGGAAACAAAGUUCACUGAGUCAUCAUCGCCUCUCGCAACCACUACAAUACAGUAUCUUCCUCACCUCUCCCAGCAUUGUGACAUAAAGAGAUCUGCACCUAGUAACCAGAUCAGUCAGCCAGGAAGCCAAAACCAGCAGAAUGGCCAGGUUACCACACCAAUUCCAGUGCCAGCAAUUGUUAAAACAAAGCCAUCAUCAGAUGGGAAGAACCAGCGACACAAGAAGCCAAAGGACACAAAGCCAAAGGUGAAGAAACUGAAGUAUCAUCAGUACAUUCCACCAGAUCAGAAACCAGAGAAGUCCCUCCCUCCGAUGGACUCGGCCUAUGCCAAGCUGCUCCAACAGCAACAGCUCUUCCUUCAACUGCAGAUACUAAGCCAGCAACAACAUCACCAGCAACAUCAAUACAACUAUCAAAACAUUCUCUCUAGUCCUCUGAAGCAUUCUAGUGAUCAGAUCUCCAGAAGCACAUGCAACUCAACUACUACAAUGCCAGGCAGCGGCAUAUCUCCUGUGAAGUCCACAAUGUCAGUUCAAGCCACCAGCUGCCCUUUGAAGCCAGGACCACUUCCGUCCAAUCUGGAUGACCUAAAGGUCUCAGAAUUGAGGCAGCAGCUGAGAAUAAGAGGCCUUCCCGUGUCUGGUACAAAAACGGCCCUCAUGAAGAGGCUGAAACCUUUCCAGGACUCCAGUGGAAACAGUCUGCCGGUCAACAGCACCAGCAACACCUCGUCCAGCUCAGUCAACGAGAUGACGACUGCGUCGUUCCCGAUAACCUCUGUGACCUCCCUGUCGAGCUUUCAGACUCAAACUGCCAACACCGUGCUGCCGAAUGGCUUCUAUCAGUUUGGCAGCACCAGCUCAACCCCUCCCAUUUCCCCGGCGUCGUCCGAUCUCUCCGUAACUGGGUCCGAUUUGAGCGGGUUGCCCGACAGCUUCAGCGACGUGCCCGUGCCAUCCCCACAGCUCGGACUGCAGCCAUCACCGCUUCAGCUGAGCACUGAGGACAGCCUGAUGAGCAGCGUGAACGGGGGCAGCAUUCAAGCGGACAUGGAAGGUUUCGACACCCAGAAGGACAAAAUGCUGAUGGAGAAGCAGAAGGUUAUCGAUGAGCUGACCUGGAAACUGCACAUGGAGCAGAAGCAGGUGGAAGAACUGAAGAUCCAGCUUCAGAAGCAGAAGAGGAACAAUCAACAUGAGCAGCAGUCUUCCUCUCAGCCACUCUACAGUGUGUCCGUAAAGCAGGAAAACCUGAUGUCCAGUUGCCCGUUUGCCGGGCAACAGAUACCCGACAGGAGUAUGACUCCAAUGAUCUCCUCCACGUCCAGCAACAGUUCCACAGAAAGCUUGAAUACCUGUGGCACACCGCAGAAAUCUGGUGUGGUGAACAGUCAGAUGUGUGCGGAGACCACAGAGCACAGCACAGUGAGGUCGCCCCCAUUCCUGAGUCCGCAGUGCUCACCGCAGCAUUCUCCACUUGCAGCGCUGACUGGCAGCCCUCAGCAGGCCAGCCUUCCCCCAUCUCCGAGUAACCACUUCCUCCUGCCCGUGUCACCGGCCCCCCCGACUGGAGAUGGCCGUAGUGGUUCACCCCAUCAGCUUCAGUCCAUUCCACCUUGCAGUGCUCAGCUCAAGAUGCAGUGCUCAAAGGGCCAGGAUGUUCAGCAACAAAAUGGCAGCCCACAAUUCCAGCAGCACCUCCAACAACAUAUUAUACGACAGCAGAUCCUCAGAAAGAUGAAUGUUCCUAAUUCUGCAAAUCAAGUUGGUCAAAAAUUUGUCAUCAAUGCUGCUUCCUUCUGUAAUUCAAAUUCAACCCUUAGCAAGAUCAAACAACCUCCGUCGUACGAAGAUGCUGUGAAACAGCAAAUGUCUAGAAGCCAGAUGGAUGACCUGCUAGACGUGCUCAUUGAGAGUGGAGAAAUGCCACCAAAUGCCAAAACUGAUCACCACUGUGCUCAGAAAUCGAUGCCUCAAAUCACAGUCUCGUCAGGAGCCUCCACUGUGACUGCACCUAGGUCUUCAACAAGUCCUUUUAACCACAUGUCCCCUCCUCCGCUCUCCUUUGACCAUUGUGCAAGCAACAGUGACAGUCAACUUGAAGCUCUCCUUAACUCACGCAGCUCGUUGAGCAGGGGGGGUGAUAUUACUCUGCUUAAAAUUGGCAGUGAGGAUUCCCAGAUUGACGGCAUUGGUGAGGGCUUUUCUACCAACUCCCGGGAAGAAAUGCUGAACACUCGAGAAAUGCUGGAAAACCCCCUUUCACCGAUGGAGACCCAGAUGUCGCCUUCGUCCACGCAUAGCCAUGUUAUGAACUUAGGUCUUACAGAAACUCCCUUGGAGAACAUGGACUGGCUAGAUCUCACACCACCCAGCUCAACAGCAGGCUUUGGAUCAGCUGGUUCCUCCACCCCCAGCAUCUUCUCUGCAGAUUUCCUGGAUGUUACAGACCUAAACUUAAACACAGCCAUGAACUUGCAAUGGUAACAUUCUCAGGAAACUAGAAACAACAGGUAAAUUUAAAACAAUUUAAAUGGCAAACCAAAUAAAAAGGAAGUAUAUUUCUUGUGUAUUCAAGACAAUGUUGGCAACUGUAAAGUAAAUAGAGGAAUUCAUUUGGCUGCAAGAUGGUUGCCCUGUAGUUGUUGCAUGUAGCACUGCUUGAAUGAGUUAAAAGCUUCAUAAAGUUAUGUAUUACUGUGGAAAGUGAACAUGGUCGAAUCACCCGGAGGACACCUGCUUUAAGUCUAAAUCUGACUAAGUUUGUCGGGGCGGUAUGUAGGUGAGAAAAACUGGCCAACUCUCAAUUUGGCCCUGUGCACACAGCCUGCGUUUUUGCUUUGUACAUAGCUUGAAUUUACUCGUAAUUUUGCAAGAUUUUUAUAUAAUUUUUAUCAGAGGAAGAUUCUUUACUAAGCAAGCAAUACUUGCUAUCUUGAACAAAAUACUUGCAUCCUUUCUGAACCACACUUGCAAAGUCACCCUACUUUAUGCAAGUAUUUGAUUCUUUGUAUUGUGAAUACAUAUUUUAUUGUUCACUUUGCACAAUUAAGAGUAGAAAAGUUUGUCACAUUUUGCUUGUUUUUAUAUAUAUAUAAUAUUUGUGUAUAUAUAUAUAUAUUAAAAAUGUCUGCUAAGUAUUAAAGUAUUAGAAGGCAUUCCAUGCAGAUACUUGGUGUGAUUUUUUUUUAAAUCAGCCAGUUUAUGAAAUUAUGCAUUGUAGUUCUAUGUAUUUCUAUUGCUUUUUGCUGACCUGAAAAUAUAGGAAAUGGGAUGGGUAAAUGAGAAUUUGUUGUUUUACUUAGGAUGUUACGAGAAAACAUUUCCUGCCUUCAUCCACCCAUAAUGAAGCUCCACUCUACAAAAAGCAGUGAAUUCUGCAAUUGCAGAUUUAAAUCUAAAUGAAACAAAAGAAGCUUUCCCUGCUAGUUCUGAAGCUGGAACUCCCUACGUAGAUCUGCAAACAUAAUCCUGAGCGCAAACUUGGAUAUUGACCAACGUGAUCUGUUUUAAAUAUUUUUAGCGAGCAACUCAUAGGCCCACGUUAAAAAAAAUUGAUAAAUAAGGAAUCAAUUUGAAAGGGAACAACACCAAACAAGAAGUUGGUGACAAUAGUUCCAACCCUCGUCUUAGUGUAAAGAACAUAGUUUAUUUUUGGUAAAUUGUAUUCAAACCAAAGAAGUGCUCAGAAAAGAAUUAUUUUCGUACCAUUUUGUACUUUAUAUUAUCCCUUUUUGCAAUGAUAUUUGCAAUAAAUGUAAAUCAAUGUGCCCAUUUUGGAACAGCUAACUAUUCUGAAAUCUCUGGGCACAUUUUGUGAUGUGAUUGAAAUUUUAGCUAAGGAUUUUCUUGUAUAGUAAUAACAUAAAUUAAUAUUGUUCAGUUCACCUUUAGUUUCUAAAAUGUAAAAGCCAUAUCUGAAAGGUACUGUGCAGUGAAUUAAUAUUUAUUACCGACUAUAUUUUGAAACUUCUAGUUUCCUUGCUUAUUUGCUACCUUGAAAUUUCAAGUAUGGACUUCUCCAAAUAGUCAGAAAAAAGUCUAUAUAAUUAUAGGAAUUGUAGUGAAUAAUUAUCUUUUGAUGUCUGUUCAAAAGCACUUCAUUGUCCAAGUUCUCUUUUGUCAAUGUCAGUGGCAUACCUACAAUUUGCUUUCCAUUAGAGCUGAUUCUUAGACAGAGUGACCUGGCAGUUCCAUCUCCUUCGGUAAAAACCUGCUCAUCUGGUUUUCCUAGAGUUCUGUCAUCCAACUAUUAAUUGGGUAGAAGCCUGAUUAGCUUCUUGACAUUAGCUGGAAUCAGGCAUCAAUGGAUUCCUUAUUUUCUGUUCCUUUCGACUCCCCCCACCCAAACCAUAAGCAAUAUUGCAAAAUAGCCUUGAAUUAAAUCAUUCUUGGAAUGUUUAGACUUUUAUACUAAUGAGUAUAUCUCAAUCCCAGGUCAACAUCAAGGUAUGAAGGACUUUGAUAUUCUUUGUGAACAAACAUAUUUGAUGAUUGCAGUACAUUUUUAACACAACAGAGUUACAUUGCUUUAAAAUAUAAUCACCAGUCAUCCACAACUGACAACCUGUGCAAGGCUAAAGAGAGUUCCCAGUGAAUAUGACAGAAUUGCCAAAUCAUGAUAAAAUUGUGCAAAAUGUAACAGUGAUCACCAGCAUUCAAAUUUAGCACACCCUGUACACCUUUACACUGUGCACGAAUUCAUACUAGCUUUCAUUCAAUCCUGCUCAUGUUCAUACAGCCUUGUUACUCAGAUAGUAAUACUCUGCUGACAUGAAUGUGUGUCUAACAUUUUAGGAAAAUAUUACUUGCUAUCUUCAAUGAAAGAUUAAAGCAUCAGUAGAUUUCUUGAUCAAUUUGAGAGGCAUACAUUCAAAUUAUGUAUCAGUUGAGGCCACUUGGCCAUCAAUCCUGACUAUCAUUUAAUAAGAUGAUGGAUGAUCCAUUUGUGACCUCAGUUGGACUUUUGUCAUCUAUCUGCAGCUAUCUUUCACCUCCUUCUCCCUUUCAAGUAUCUUUCUACCUCUGCCUUUUAUGGAAGGGAGUUCCAAAGAUUCACAACCGAUAUUGACCAAACCAUUUAUUGAUGUGCAUCUUAAAGGCAUUGUUCCCCAGUGACUGAUCCUUACAAUCAAUAUCAGGCAUCCUGCUGUGAUUAGCAGGUAGAGGCAAGAUUGCUUAAUCUCAAAAAGACAUUAUUUCUUCAAAGAAACCAUUUGUAACAGCUACAGCUGAAUGCCAAAAUAAAGGAUCUCAUGUGCAUGGAAAUCAGUGAUCAACCAAACCACACUAAAUUCUGUCACAUAAUUAAUCUCCACUUGAGACAAAUGAACACAUAUAACUCUUAAAUAAUCAGAACAGAAAUACUGGACAUAUUGAAUCAUCUUACCAGCAGAAGUCACUGGAGAACUUCCCAUGAUUUGUUCCAUUCAGAACAACACUAACUCUGCAGUUACCUGCAGUCUGAUUGAGCAGUACAAGACACAGUGAUGCUACAAUGACAUUAGUACAUUAGAAAUCAUCGAUAUUACCAAGAUUAUUAUUUCCAUCUUCCUCCUCUACACAUAACUAAACCACACCACACCAGCAUGAACUAAUUCCCAUCUCAAGCUGAAUGCCCGAGGUAUUUUGGAAGUACUAUAGUGUGGGAGGGCCUCAAUAGUUUAGAAAUUGAGUAUUACUCCUGUUUGAGCUGCAUCAUUCAUUAAAAAGGGAAAAUCUUUUCCCAUUAGCCUUCAACAUAGUUUUACAACUUCAUGUGAAUAAGUCAUGGCCUAAAAAGCAAAAGAAUAAUCUAUCGUUAUGAAAGUUAUGCUCUUUACCACCUUUGGUGCCUGAAGCAAAUGGAAUACAACUUUUCAGAAAAUGGAAACUCCAAUUCAGAACAAAGCCACUACAAACAUUAUUCCCAUUUCCUUUAUGAGGAGGCACACUGAUUUCCAAGAUUUGACUUUGAAUUCUCCCUGUGGUUCAGACACUGAUUUCUAAAUCUAAUCAGUACAAAGGAGAAAUAUUGUUUGUAUAACUGUCAAGCUUUAAUUUAACCAUUCUUUAAUACACCAAAAUGAAACAAUGCACACAAUUCCAAAUUUCUAAUUUGUACAUUUAAAAUUCACUACACAAAACAGUCCUCAUUAACAGGCCAAACACUGCAUAGACUGAGCAUAUUCUCUAAACUAACAUUAGUUGGAAAAGACUAACGCUUUACAAUUGUAGCAGAAAAUCUAUUCAUGAUACGGGUAUUUAUGUAAACUGGUUAGAGGAUGGGAUGUCUGACGCAUCAUCAGCACACUAAAAAAAAUUCUGCAUAACCACAAAUGCUAAAACCACAGGUAGAGAUGUUAGAAUGACACCAUCAGUACAUUGGAUUGUCAGUAGAUCAGAUAAAGUACAUCCAAAUAUAGUCUCGGUAGUUGCCAACAAAUGAAAGUGAAAUGCAUGGAAUAUCACCAGUAAGUGCUUAAAUUUCUCAAUCGUACCAUCAUGACACUAGCAUUGCUGACUUAACCUGUUUGUAAUGAUUGUACCAGCUAGUGUCUUAUCAGUGCAGAACUACUUACACUUACCUCUGAAUACUACAAGUGCUUUCUCUUUUGCUACCUAUACCUUUUUUUCUGUCCUUUGAUUUCCAUAUACAUCAUGUGCUUCUAGCAUUAUUGACCAUUUUAACAUUUUGAGCACAUCUUACCUACAUCUUCCCUGUAGGUUGCCUCUCACUUAUGACUAGGAAAGUAUUUAACAGGAGCUGGUUGAGUUUAAAUUCCAGCAUUGUAACCUUUGCACUUGGGCCUUUACCUCAGUGUAUACAAGAUCUUAAUAUACAACCAUUUUGAAUAAAUUGUUCUCUUGUUAUAUUUAUUUAUGGUGGUACUGCCCUUUUGAGUUGCAAAAGUCCUGCAAAAGUACCAAAGGAAGUUUUAUCUAUUCAAGUGAAUCACAUUUCAGCAAUGGCAUCUUCCUUCAUUGUAUAUUGUUAGGUUAAUAGGUCACCUGUCAAAUUAUUUUCCAGGAUAGCAAUCAAAAAAAAUGUAGGGAGCAAUCAAUCCAUUUGUACAUGAUGUCUGCCAAAUCAAAUCUGCCUCAAAAGUGUCAUUGUAACUUUGACCAAUCCUGUGGGCUAAAUUCUUUCUGUAUUCAUAUUUGCCUUACUUUUUUGCACUUUGUAAAUACUAUAUAUUUUCUUAUGGUGUAUCAUUUAACAAUGGAAAUUUUGCUUUGUGUAUAUAACGGCAAUAGUGUAGGUGCCAAUGUAUUAAAGAAAGCUAUGUAAACAUUAAAGAUAAGUUUUGGAACUGGGUGUUCUUAAUAAAUUGA